AUGGACUAUAAACUGUUGCCGGGAAUACUUGCAACCAUUGCAUUCAUGAGGGUAUCUGUUGCCGCUCCAGAUCCCGCUUUAGUUCAACAACUCGAGGCGCUAAAGGGUGAGCUUGAGGUCAUUUCUAGGGGUGUUGAAAAGGCCAAAAAUGAUAGAAGUGAGAUGUUAGAAAAGGCGAAUGCUGCUGAUGCUUACGCCAAGAGGUUUGCCAGCUCUUCUGCACCCCUUGAACCCGAUGUUACUCAAAUUGAAACAAUUAAAACGGAAAUUACAACUGCAUUUGAUGAUGAAAAGGUAAGGAUCAUGGAACUUGCCACAGCUAUCUCUGAUUCUAUUGCUGAAAUUGAUACCUUCUUGGCAGGUGAUGCUAGUGAUGAUGAGGCCAAUGCAAAAAUAGCUUCUGUAACGACGGCUAGAGACCAGCACCAAACUGCAAGUGAUGAUUUAGCAAACACUUAUACUAAUAUAGAAGCGAGAUUUGCACUCCUUGUUGCUUCUAAGGCGAUGGUUCAAAAUGCUAUUGUGGGUGAAUUUUGGAAAAAUGCAUCCAAUGUACCGGGGUCUGAAAAUUUACCCCUUUAUGACACUUUUAGAACAGAAGAUGUUAAAACUAUAACCAUCUCACGUAUAAUUGAGGUAUCUAGGACGUAUCACGGAGUUGUUAGAGGAUUCUGUCAGGAAUUUGAUGUUUUAAAGGAUAACUUGACCGCAAAGGUUGAGGAUGCAAGGAAACUUUGUGCCGAAUUUGGGACCCUUGUAGCACAAAAUCCUACCUCUGAGGCUCAUAAAAGGGCAAAUGAGGAUGUUGCAGCAAUAAAGAAGAAACUGGAUGAUGUCGUUGGCCCAGCCAUGGCUCAUAUUGAUGCCAAGAAGACGCUUGUGGAAGAGGAUUUGGCUGUCAUUGCCGACUGCCGUGAUGUCCUAGAGGGGCUUGCAGAUAAUAAUGCUCUUGACGGAGAUGUAAACUCCAAGUGUGUAAAGUACUUUGCCAAGACUGUUAAAGAUGAGAAUGAUGCUCGGAAGGACAUUGCCGAUGUUAGGACUGAUGCGGUUAAAAGGGUUGAUGAUUUUCUCGUUGAAAUACGUCGUGUAGUCGACAGACUCAAGACCCAGCCAAGAAAGUCAGACAACAAGGAACCUCAAGCGGAUUUACGGGGAAAGGAAGAUGCUAAUGGGAUGGAGGGUCUUGGUUUUAAGUAUGCUAUUUUAUUUGCCAGCUUAUUGGUGAUGUUUUAA